AUGAUGGAAGCCGACAAGAUCGAUGCAUUGCCAGGCCAGCCUGCUGGGGUGAACUUCAAUCAGUACUCUGGCUAUGUGACUGUGGACCCUACAAAAGGACGGGCACUCUUCUAUUACUUUGUUGAAUCACCUGAUCACCCUUCUACCAAACCUUUAGUAUUGUGGCUCAAUGGAGGACCUGGUUGCUCUUCGUUUGGAAUUGGCGCAAUGAUGGAACUGGGACCCUUCAGAGUCAACAGCGACGGGAAGACUCUUCGGGCAAAUGACUAUGCAUGGAAUAAAGAGGCGAAUAUCCUCUUCCUUGAAUCACCGGCGGGUGUGGGGUUUUCUUACUCAAAUACUACAACUGACUACCAUUUAAGCGGGGAUCAGAGAACAGCUGAAGAUUCAUACACAUUCCUAGUGAACUGGCUGGAAAGAUUUCCUCAAUACAAGACCAGAGAUUUCUUCAUUACAGGAGAGAGCUAUGCGGGCCACUACAUUCCUCAACUCGCUCAAACCAUCCUUGGAUACAACAAGGUCACCGAUCAAACGGUCAUCAACCUACGUGGAAUCGCGAUUGGCAACGGAUGGAUCGACGAUGAAAUUAACAUGAAGGGAAUGUUCGAUUUUUUCUGGACGCACGCUCUCACUUCCGAUGAAAUCCAUGAUGGAAUUACCCAAAAUUGCAAUUUUUCUUCGGAGGCGAAUACGACGGAAGCAUGCAGUAAGGCUGUCAGACAACUCUGGGCAGCUUUCGGGCACAUUGACAUCUACAACAUCUAUGCUCCCUUCUGCACUAACUCCUCAAGCCCCCGCCCUGAUGUGGAGUUCGAUCCUUGCUCAAGUGAGUACAUUGGAGCUUAUCUGAAUCUCCCUGAAGUGCAGAAAUCUCUCCACGCAAAUGUCACUGGGCUUCCAUAUCCAUGGACAGACUGCAGCUCCGUUAUUGAUAUGUGGAUAGACCGGCAAACUACGCUAAUGCCGACCAUUCAAGAGCUUAUGGCCAGUGAUUUAAGAGUGUGGAUUUACAGUGGAGACAUUGAUGGAAUUGUACCCGUGACAGCCACUCGCUACGCAAUAAACAAUCUCAAUACAUCGGUACAGACUCCUUGGUAUCCUUGGUACACCCAAGAGGAGGUUGGCGGGUACGUCGUCGAAUAUCAGCAGUUGACGUUCGUGACCAUAAGGGGUUCUGGCCAUUUUGUUCCAAGUUAUCAGCCAGCAAGGGCACUGACUAUGUUCUCAUCCUUUCUACAAGGGAAGCUUCCACCUAGAAACUAGGGUUGAUUGAUGCAGGACCAAAUCUAUGGCUAUGAUUUUGAUAAUGAAAUGGGUCAUACAACUCAUCAUGCAAUGUUCCUUUCACAUUUCAUAUGAAACAUCAUCACCCCAUUUUGUUGCCUGGAAAGGAAUGAAAUAAUAAUAAAAGAAAUCUUGUUUCACAUAGAUUGAAUGAAAACCUAUUACAAGUGGAUGGUGAAAUUAUUGGCCCACCUUUACAUAUA